AUGUCACCACAUGCCAAAGCCAUUCCUAGAUCGAUUCUCAUCUUCGGGGCUUCGGGACACAUCGGUAGGCCCUUGACGGAGUUCUUGAUGCUCGAGGCGCCCUCAAUCCGCUUACGUCUAGCGACAAGCAACGAGUCCAAGAUCGCGCCGCUACAGAAUGAUUUCCCCAAGGCCGAAGUUGUCCACGCAGAUUACUACAACCCCGGCUCCAUCUCGGCCGCUGUAGCUGCAAUGGAGGGAAUCUUCGUGCUCCCUUCAUCUGGAUUGCGAGAAGAGAAGCCUAUGACGGACCUGGUGCGAGCACUGAAGCAAUCUGAAACUGUGACACAAGUUAUUCGCUUGAUGGGCCUGUUUCCAGAAUUUCCGCCCGCCUGCAUUGCCUUUGAACUUGGGCCUGGCUCUUUGCCAGCAGAGCACCGAGUAGCAAAAGAUAUCCUCGACGGUAGCGGCUUGCCAGUCACCUAUGUCAACUGCGGUGCCACCUUCAUGGACAACUUAUUCAUAUUGAUGCGGUCCGUAUCCGCGAAGAAGACACUUGUAUGGCCCGAACAUCGUGUGCCGUUCUUGGACCCAAGGGACAUUGCGGAGGUCGUUGGGAGGCUAUUCCUCUCAACAAGCGCGGGACACAUCGGCGCAUUUCAUACAAUGAACAACGGUCAUGACUUGCUCAACUUUGAGGAGGUGGCAGGCAUUAUAUCCGAGGUUUUUGACGAACCUGUUGGCUAUGAUGGAAGCUGGGAGGAGUUCGCCGGCUUUUAUGACUCGAUCAUGGGGCGCGAUAAGGUGCAAUGGUUAUGGCGCUUCUUCAAGUUCGAAGAAGCUCAUGAGGAGAUCUGGGCCUUGAAUAAUUUUGUGGAGAGGACCAUCGGGAGGAAGCCUGUGACAGUGAGGCAGUGGCUCUUGGAACACAAGGAUGAACUGCAGCGGGGAAGUGCAUACCUCGGAUGGGCUGGGCGUGGAAGGUAA